AUGCAUCGCAAAGUCCUUAUUCUGUGCGUGCCACUCGUAUGCUUCUUGUUAGUGUCAACGAGCUUGUACCUUGGUCGCGAUCACAUAACUCGAUUAUCGGAGGCAUACCUACCUCUCUACGCACCAUCCCUUACGAACACAUCUACGAAAACAGCUCCCUUUCUUUCAGAUCCAACAACGACAUUGACCCCCGUUGAAGAAGACACAGCUUCAUACUCGAUAUCGACCGCUAAUGCUUACACAACAAGCACUAUCAAGCAGGCUACCACAUCAACAAUAUCAUCUACCACUUCCGCAACACCCACAAAAUCCGCCAUACCCAUUGCAAAUGGAUCUGUUCUCUCUACCGAACGCAUCACUCCUUAUAUCCACGCAAUACUUGAUCCCGCAUCAAAAGAGCGCCCACGGCUCCAAUGCCCUCCCCUAUACACCAAACGGUACAAAAGUCUUCAAAAGAAGCACACUACCAGAGGAAGCAAGGGCGAUGAACACACUAUUGACUUCUUUUUCGCUCUCAACUUGCGCGAUGUCGUAAAGCUUCUGCCUCGUCUGAUGGGCAGCAUUGUCGAAGCGAUACAGUUCCUCGGCCCUGAGAGAUGCGCUCUCUCAAUCGUUGAAGGCAAUUCUCCCGAUGGAACUGCCGAUGUUCUUGUUGCUUUGCGCCCUUUUCUGGAAGAUCUCGGUGUCACAUACUUUUACAACAACUCAGCAAUUAACCCAUCCAAGGGGGCACGAAUCCGCAAGCUUGCUCAAUUGCGCAACUUGGCCCUUGAGCCGCUCUUCAAGAACAAGGUUCCAGCGACAGACGAGACUACGGUUCUCUUCAUCAACGAUGUCGCCGCAUGUCCCGAUGAUCUACUCGAGCUUGCUCUUCAGCGCCGCAAUCUCAAUGCCGAUAUGACCUGCGCUAUGGAUUUCACCUAUGCCGGGCCUGAUCCCACGUUCUACGAUGUCUGGGUCGCGAGAACACUUGCCGGAGAUACCUUCUUUCCUAUUCCCAAAGACGGAUCCUGGGAUAAUGCCUGGGAUCUGUUCAGAGGAAACCGAGAAGCCCGAAUGAGAUACGACGCCCACCUCCCCUUCCAAGUCUUUGCAUGCUGGAACGGCGCAACCGCAUUCACUGCUGCACCAAUCCUCCACGGCUUGCGCUUCCGCGACCCCAAAAAGGACGAGUGCUUUCAAGGCGAACCACAACUAUUCUGCAAGGAUCUGUGGCACAAGGGCUACCGCAAGAUUGCAGUCGUGCCCAGCAUCAGCCUCGAGUACACGGACGCGAGAGGCAAAGACAUCAAGAAGCUCAAGGGCUUCACGAAUGAGGUGGUGAAACACAUGGAGGAGGACAAAUCUCAUAUCGAAUGGCAAUUCGACCCGCCCGAGAAGGUCAAGUGUAUGCCUUCUUUCGACCGCCAAUCAUGGCUUCCUUGGGAUGAAUCAAUAAACAAUAAAGCGAUAGAUUAA